UGGGGAGUGAGGACUGAAUUCCUGAUUCCUCCUUCCCCCCCCCUCCCCCAAAGAAAAAGCUGGGCGUGACACUAAUGAGCGCUGCCUGGCCAAUCGUUGCUUUGAGAAAGUCUGGUUUGUGAUCCUGUUUCAUUAGGCUGACUGGAGCAGCCUCUACUCGGAGGUAGAGUCCCUCCUCCCCGAGGGAUUUCGCGUACAGUUACUCUGGCUGUCGCUGCCUGUGCAUGCCCUUUCUGGCCAGAAAUGACCUCCCCUCCCCUCCCUCUUAGCUCUCCCCUCCUCCUUUUUUGUUUUUAUCCAGUGUCUCGCUUCCUCUCUCUUUCUCUCUCCCCCCAUCUUGCCUCCCGCUCUCCGCCUCCCUGCAGCGCCACGCCGGCUCCCCAGCCCGGUCGGCCGAUCGCGAGCCGCUGAGAGUUUGCCGAGCCGCCCCCUGGGGCCCCGCGCCGCCGAGUCCCGCUAAGGCGAAGACGCAAGCAGGCCGGGGAGAGCGCGGAAGAAAAACCAGCGGGCGCGCCGCGGGAGCCCCAGGAGGGCGGCCGGGCGGCGGCGGGCGGCGGGCGGGGCGGGCCGGCGCCGACGGCCGGGGGGAGCGCGCACCGGAAAGUUCGGGCCCGGCGGCCUCGCGCGCGCCCGCCCGCCUCGCGGCGCUCCGGGAGAGGAACUUGUCCUCCGCGCCGCUCGAGCGGCGAGCGUUUCCCAACGGGAGCGGGCCGAGCGCGCCGCGGCCAGGGGUGGGGAGCGAGGCGGUUGGCGGAGGGCGCCGAGGGAGCGCGGCCGCCACGGGCCCCCAUGCCGGCGGCCAACAUGCUGGAGAACCUGCAGCCGCCCGCCCUGCAGGUGCCCGAGCCCCAGGGCGCGCCCGAGGGCCCGCUCUGGUCCAGCUCGUCGACCCCCACGCUCCGACGCCGGCGCUUCAAGACGCGCCGCACGAAGAACGUGCAGGAGCAGAGCCUGCAGGCCGGGCUGACCCGGGACCUGCCCGGCGUCCUGGCCCCGGGCAAGGAGUUCCUGCAGCUGCCGUCCAUCGAGAUCACGCCUUCCAGCGACGAGGACACCCCGUGGUCCAACUGCUCCACACCCAGCGCUUCUCCGCGCCGAAAGCGCUUCCUCCUCCGCAAGUGGCUCAGGGUGAGGGAGCGGAAGGAGUGCAGUGAAAGCAGUAGCCAACAGAGCAGCCACGACGAUGAUUCAAGCAGGUUCCUGAGUCCUCGAGCGCGGGAAGAAAGCACUGCCAGUAACUCAAACCGCAGCACGCCGGCCUGCUCCCCCAUCCUCCGGAAACGGUCUCGCUCGCCAACCCCGCAGAGCCCGGACGGAGACACCAUGGUGGAGAAGGGCUCGGAUCACUCCUCCGACAAGUCCCCGUCCACGCCGGAGCAGGGUGUGCAGCGCAGCUGCUCAUCACAGUCUGGCCGGAGUGGCGGCAAAAAUUCCAAGAAAAGCCAGAGUUGGUAUAAUGUGUUAAGCCCAACUUACAAGCAGAGAAAUGAAGACUUCAGAAAGCUCUUUAAGCAACUUCCAGACACGGAGCGCCUCAUUGUUGAUUACUCCUGUGCACUCCAAAGAGACAUUCUUCUUCAGGGCCGACUCUACCUCUCUGAAAAUUGGAUAUGCUUCUACAGCAACAUCUUCCGCUGGGAAACUCUGCUAACUGUCCGUUUGAAAGACAUCUGCUCCAUGACUAAAGAAAAGACAGCUCGCCUCAUUCCCAAUGCCAUUCAAGUUUGCACUGACUCAGAAAAGCACUUUUUCACUUCAUUUGGGGCCCGGGAUAGGACGUACAUGAUGAUGUUCCGACUCUGGCAGAAUGCGCUCCUUGAAAAGCCCCUGUGCCCCAAGGAGCUCUGGCACUUCGUUCACCAGUGCUACGGGAAUGAAUUGGGCCUUACCAGUGACGAUGAGGACUAUGUGCCCCCUGAUGACGACUUCAACACGAUGGGCUACUGUGAGGAGAUCCCUGUGGAAGAGAAUGAAGUGAACGACAGUUCAUCCAAAAGCAGCAUUGAGACCAAGCCGGAUGCCAGUCCACAGCUACCCAAGAAAUCCAUCACCAACAGCACGCUGACAUCCACAGGGAGCAGUGAAGCCCCUGUCUCGUUCGAUGGCCUGCCCCUGGAGGAGGAGGUGCUAGAGGGGGAUGGGUCCCUGGAGAAGGAGCUUGCCAUUGACAACAUCAUCGGGGAGAAGAUUGAGAUCAUCGCGCCUGUGACCUCCCCUUCGCUGGACUUCAAUGACAAUGAGGACAUCCCCACUGAGCUCAGUGACUCUUCUGACACCCAUGAUGAAGGGGAGGUCCAGGCCUUCUACGAGGACCUGAGUGGCCGGCAGUACGUGAACGAGGUCUUCAACUUCAGCGUGGACAAGCUCUACGACCUGCUGUUCACUGACUCGCCCUUCCAGCGGGACUUCAUGGAGCAGCGUCGAUUCUCCGAUAUCAUCUUCCAUCCAUGGAAGAAGGAAGAGAAUGGAAACCAGAGCCGAGUGAUCCUCUACACCAUCACCCUUACCAACCCUCUGGCUCCUAAAACUGCCACCGUCAGGGAGACGCAGACCAUGUACAAGGCGAGCCAGGAGAGCGAAUGUUACGUGAUAGACGCCGAGGUCCUCACGCACGAUGUGCCCUACCACGACUACUUCUACACUAUCAAUCGCUACACUCUCACCCGCGUGGCUCGGAACAAGAGUCGACUCAGGGUCUCCACAGAGCUGCGCUACCGCAAACAGCCAUGGGGGUUGGUGAAAACUUUCAUCGAGAAGAACUUCUGGAGUGGGCUGGAGGACUACUUCCGCCACCUAGAGAGCGAGCUGACCAAAACGGAGAGCACCUACCUGGCUGAGAUCCACAGACAGUCUCCCAAAGAGAAGACCAGCAAGGCCCCGACGGUACGGAGGAGGAAACGUCCCCAUGCCCACCUGCGGGUGCCUCACCUGGAAGAGGUGAUGAGCCCCGUCACCACACCCACUGAUGAAGAUGUGGGCCACAGGAUCAAACAUGUGGCAGGGUCCACGCAGACGCGGCAUAUCCCCGAGGACACCCCUAAUGGUUUCCACCUGCAGAGUGUGUCCAAGCUGCUGCUGGUUAUCAGCUGUGUUCUGGUGCUGCUGGUCAUCCUUAACAUGAUGCUCUUCUACAAACUCUGGAUGUUGGAAUACACCACCCAGACCCUCACUGCCUGGCAGGGUCUGAGGCUCCAAGAAAGGUUACCCCAGUCUCAGACAGAAUGGGCCCAGCUCUUGGAGUCCCAACAAAAGUACCACGAUACAGAGCUCCAAAAAUGGAGGGAGAUCAUCAAAUCCUCAGUGAUGCUUCUUGACCAGAUGAAGGACUCUCUCAUCAACCUUCAGAAUGGCAUCAGGUCCCGCGACUACACUUCAGAAAGUGAAGAGAAGAGGAGUCGUUAUCACUGACAAGGCAGGAACGGGGUGGUUACGAGAGGCCCGUGCAAUACGUGUACAUAGACCAUAUACAUAGAUAUAUAUAAAUAUAUAUAUAUACAGAAUAUAAAUAUAUAUAUAUUAUAUACAGAUUUUAAAAAGAGAUAAUGCCUAUGUACCAGGGAGAAGGAGCGGGCCCACCUCCUAUGCUGGCCGGCGGAGGGGCCGAGGAGGGCAGGGACCACCUCUCAGCACCAACCUCCCCUGAUCCUCCUCCUCCCCCCUACCCCCCCCUUGUCCCCACCCUUCCCCUCGCUGGCCGUUCCUGGCUCUGAGAAGGGAAAUGUUGAGCCAAAGUGACGCCUGUGAAGACCCUGGGGUCUCGAAGUCUCGAGGGGCUUAAGGUGCUUCAUUCCCGAAUCCCCUCUUGAUUUGUUUCCAAAAUAAAAGAGAAUCUUUUCUUCCCUACCCCACGCUUCCCCAGGUAUUCUCUUGUGAACAGGAAGCAUCAAGGGCAAGAGCCCAAUCUAAACUCUGCCACCUGAGCCCCACCCAACCCCCCAACCCCCUGCUUUCUAUGGACCACGAGCCCCCAGUCAGGCGGAGGGCUGGAAGGCUGGGAAGGCUGCCCCUGUGGGAUUGGGCCUUGAGCCGCAGGCUCCCGAGGACGUGCAUGUGGAGUGGGGUUCUCCUCCAUCACCCCUGCACCUUCCCCUAACUCCUGUAGGGUGUGGACCCAAUAAGGGCUGGGAAUUUCUUACUUUCCCACCACCCCCCGUCCUUCUCUCUGGUCUUCUCCCAGGCUGGAUCUGGGUGAAGUGUCACUUUUUAGUGCCUAAAGCCCUAUUUUUUCUCUGUGCCCUAAGAGCACAUUGUUUAUUAGCCAGGAUGGAGCAUUUUGGAUCUUGUUAAACCCCUUUUUAAGUGGUUAUGAGCCAGUCGGGCCUGUGGCUCUAAUUCCUUCACUUUGAGCUGUCAGUUUGAUUUCUGGGACUAAUCAGGAUGUCCUAGGGACAUCUGGGGUUGGGGGGAGUGAGUGCCCUAGCAUUGUAUGGAUCAGAUCAUAGGUUCACACAGAACGUGGUGUGAGUAGUGAGUACCGAUAUCCAAGCACUCACUUGGCUGCCAGCAUCGUUUACUCUAAGGGAAGAACUGACUUUGGUGAGGGAGACAAUGAAGACACUCGGCACAUGGUAGAAGACCUAGGCUUUUGGAAGGAAUGCAUUUGGCAAGGUGCAUUGCAUUUGUGCAGGAAAAGGCCAGAGUAAGUCUCUGCCUCACGUGGAGGCCAUUCCAAAUCCUGUUCCUCAGACUUGGGAGUGGGAGUUCUGGCAAAGGGGGCAAAGCCUCCUCUAGCCUCUGGCCCCAGAGAGGUAGGAGACCACUAAGGAGGAGAAGGAAGACCUUUGGUUAGGAAAGUGAGUCAUCCAGGACCAUUUUGGAGUUGGCUCACUAGGACCCGUGCAUUUUAUCUGACCUCACAGGGCCCUUCUGGGCCCGAUUACCAUUUUUCAUUCACUUAACUGCUAUUCCUCCAUCUAAUGAUCAGAGGAAUCCUGCCAGCCUCACAGAUCCUCAGUAGGGAAAGGAUCAUACAUACUAGUUUGGCCAGGAAAACUCUUCCAGAUUGCUUGUUCUCCUAGGGGACCUCUUGUAAGGGGCUGAAGGAAAGGAAGGUUUUAUCGCUGACCUAGCCUCAAAGAAAAGCAAGUCAUGUUCUUCUGUUGGAAUGGCCUGAGCAUCCCCCUUUGGCAAUUAAAGACACGUUUUUGACUUCUCAGUCUGAGAAUACAACCUCAUUAUUAACCUAAGGGCAGGAUGAGAAGACAAAGGAUACAUGCCGUAGGGGAGUAGGCUGAGAAGCCUCCAUGGAAUCAGCUAGAAUGGGUAUCCCUUCCCUAGGAAAGGAGAUGCGAGGGCUGGAGUUGACUGUGAUCCCGGUGCAGGGUGCAUAUGCCCACAGGUUAGUGGGUCACUACUCAUUCUUGUCCAGGACUUUGACUAGGAGACACUCUGGUGAUGGUCAGGACUCGUGGGCCUCGGGCCAAAGAAAGAGGAACAGUACAGACUGCUAGAAAUUUUCCUGCUGUAGGAGCCAGAAGCCAAAAUUAUUCUCAGAAACUUUUGAAAGCAAAAGUGAUAAGUUCUCUCAUUUAUUCCAUACAUAAUUAAAUAUUUAUUUAAAUCAUCCAGUUGUUGAUGGUCCCACGGUGGGACCUUUGGGGAGACUUCCAACGGGUUCUCUGCGGGGAGUAAAGUGAUAUGAGUGGGCUUGGCUGCACAGAGCUGUUCUGCUUUUGCUUUAAAACCUCUUCAGCCAUUCCAGGGAGGAGUAGGUGACAGGGAGGGAGGUGCUUAGUAUGUCCGAGGAACCCUGGGGGUUUGAACUCCAGAGACAGUGCAUACACACCUCAGCCUGCCUCAUUCCUAAGAAUCAUGGAUCUCUUGUGGCACUUUCUGUUCGAGUAAUAUUUUAAGCUUUCAAAGCAGAAGGCCCAACACCUCUAUUCACUCCCAAACAAAAGCUUCCCCCGCCCACCCCGCAUUCAAUAGCCUGUCAAAGGCUAACUCACCCUUGCAGAUAAGUCUGGGAGUGAAACUGAUAAAUAACAUUGAAACUGAAGCCCAGCAGCUUCGCUUGUAGCUGUUCCUGGGAGCAUCAGAACCAUACCCUUUCUUUCUUUCAGCCUGUUUUUGUUCGUGUAAGGACUCUGGUCACGUGGGAAUCUUUCUGCAAGGAUUCCUGGGGUCACAUUUGAGAGCUUGCACACUCUGGCACCUGGGGGCCCUAGGGAGGAAGGGCUGGCUUUGGCUGCCCUGCAGAGUUCUAACCAGGUGGAGAAGAGCUAGAGGGUCUAUACUUCCACUCCACCUUCCUGAAAGGAAUUAACAAAAUUGGCCUUGGAGGACCCACUCAUGUCUGCAACUCCUCUCCUCCCCAUUCACCUCCCUGGGACAAGGGCAGCAAGAUCAGCAACUUUUGAAGCUCUCAGUUAGAGCACUGGGCUGAGUUAGGAGACCUGGGCCUGAGUCCUGGCUCUGCUUUUGGACAAGUCACUUCCCCUCCCUGAACUGCAGUAUCCUCAUUUGUAAGGCAAGCUCCCAGGAAGGGGGAUGAGCUGGACCAUCUGUAAGAUAGGUUUCAGCACGGGCAUUGUCUUGGGUCAGAGACUGGCAAGGUAGGGCUUUCUCAAACUUGGAAGGUACUCUGCCAGAAGAGAAGAAGCCUUCUGGGCUAGAGCUUCUCUGGUGUUGCGAUGAGUAGUGGGGCAGCAUCAGGGUUCCUGGGAAAUCCAGGAUAGUUACACUUUCUUCUUUAUGAGCCAGCAGGAUAGGGAGGCCUAGUAAGUAGGGAGAGGGAGAUCAGGCAUGUUGUAUUUCCCAGUAUUAACCUAGGAGGGGGUUUCUUCCUUUGUUGGCCUAGUCUUAGUUUGGGAAGGGACUUUCUCUAAGCCAGGAGGAGGAUAAUGGCAAGAAGGGCACCGUCUUGGAUUAAGCUCAUCUUUUGUCUCUAGGCUAUGAAGCCUUUCAUCUGUCCAUCCUCCCUCCUCCUUGCUAGAAGAGACACUGGAGAGAAGUCAUUGCAGGCCCUAGCGCUUCUCUUUUGACUCAGUUCAAACCUUGUUGGGGUUUGGAUUGUGAAGCUUUGGCUAAAAUCCUUGGGUUGCCUUAGAGCACUGACCCUAAGAACCUGGGAUUAUGGGAAGGGGGAGAGGGAUCAAGAAACCUCAAGAAGAAUGCUUUGCUAGAAGUGGCUUCUUUCCGUGUCCCUGUCCCUGAUCCAAGCUUGGACCAUGUCUAAAAUCAUUUGUGGGCAGCAUCUCUAGGGUGAAAUCUUGGAGAAAGGACCAGGCGGAGAAUCUUUCUGGACUUUUUGUGGUCUCAGAGGAUGCUUUCUGUGCCAUACUAUGCUACUGCUUUAGCUCUGCAGGGCAGCCAAAGCCAGCCCUU